UAUUUAUCAACAAAGACACACUUUCCGUUGUACCCGCUAAAAAAGAGGUGGUCAAAGCUCUGAUUUUUCACUUUCAGUCAACGCUGUAAUCUAUCAAAUCCCGAUUGCCCUGCGUUUUUUAGUAUCUAUAUUCACCUGUAAUAAGUGGCUUGAUAUAAUACACGCUUGCCGAUUUCUAAUUUAUUCCACAAUGAGCAGCAACAGUACAGAGAACAAGAGCACAUUAUUUGUUGGAGGACUUGAUCAAGAAAUGACAGAGGCGAUCCUGCACGCCGCUUUUAUACCCUUUGGAGACAUUGUAUCUGUACAACUCGCUGUCGAUCCUGGAUCACAACGAUAUAUAGACAAUCAACACAAAGGAUUUGGUUUCAUACAAUUUGAAGAAGUAGAGGAUUGCGAUGCAGCCGUUGACAAUAUGCAUCUUGCAGAAUUAAAUGGCAAAGUUAUCAAAGUAAACAAGGCAAAACCACAACGAGUCAUAGCAGGCUCCAAUCGUGCAGGUAAGAAAAAAAGGCGUUUAUACGUAGUAUAUGUAUAAUACGCGUUCCCAAAACACCAAUUAUCAUCGUUCUUACUACGACUAUGAUAUGUGUACGGGCAGAAUUACUAACAGAUAUAUGCUUAAAUGAUAUACCUUUAGUAUGGAGUGACGACACAUGGUUACAAAAGUAUGCCAACCCAGAUGCAGAUAAGG